AUGUCUGUCAACACCGAAACCACCUCCCAGGAUGUUCCCUCGGUUUCUUCUCAAGGAACCGAACCAACUUCACAACCCAAGGGAAAAACCGCCGUUGAGCCCACCGCUUUGGACAUUGUACCGUCCAAACCCAACUAUAACAAGGAGUUUGAAGUUGAGAAGCCUUCCCCGGUUGAUGAUAGAGGGUUUGAUGUAAGGCGUUUACCCAAGGGUUCGGUAGAGCCCAGACCAGAGCCAGCAGUCGAGCCAACUGCACCGGCUCUUGAAUUUGAUUCAGCGAGUACAUCCCGCAUCAUUGCGGCUGCCAAGCGGAGAAAACCCUCGGACAAAGGGCAGAAACCGAAAAAGAGGGCAAGAAACGUCAUUCGGACUCUAAGAGAUGAAACAGAGCCCGAUUUCAUUGUUCGGAGGAGCGUGGUGCUCGUUAAUGAGGCCUUCAUCCGUGCCCAGCAAGAGGUUGACGACCUUAAAGGCCAGCUGGACGCCCAGGGUCGGGAAACGGAGAAGUUCCAGCAUCUUUUGCAAGUGAAGGAGGAUGAGUUGAACCGAGCAGCUGCCCUUUCCAAUCUUCGACCCGAGCUCGAAGUGACGAAGGCCGAAAACCUUCAGUUAAAGGAUGAGCUGGCCGGGAUGGUCGAAAAAAACCGGUUCCUUGAAGCGGACAAGGUCGGCCUUAGCCAAAAUAAUGCUCGUUUCUCCUCAAAGCUUGGUGAACUCAAGGCUACUAUAUCUCGACUUCGGGGAGAGCUUGACUCGGCCAAGACUGACGCCGUGAACAUGGCCGAGAGGCAUCGAUUGCUUGAGUCCGAGAAUGCUGAGUACAAGGACAAGUUGAGGGUAUUCAUGCAGAAAGCCGAGGAUAGGGCCCGGAUAUGCGACGAGCUCAAGACCAAGUUCGAGGAGACAGCCGAGGCCAAUGACCCCCUGAAGGCCGAGCUCGAGUUGGCUACUCAAGCUGAGGCCGAUCUGGCGGAAGCCCUUAAGAAUAUGGAAGCUGCCGAGGCUCAUACCACAAAUGCAGUGGAGUAUGAGCGGUGGAAGUCCCGGAGGACCACCCUCAAGCAAGCUCAACAAGGUUUUAGGGACCUUCCGGCCUUGAUACUUGAAGCCAAAAAGACCGAGGAGGAAGCCAAGAGAGCCCUUGAUACCGGUCUGAGGAUUCGAGGCUGA